AUGAGUUCAUUCAAGGACUUGAAAGCUGGUAGGAAGGCCAGGCAGGGAGAGAGGUCGAAUCAGCUGUUUUCUUCCAAUAGUGAUGGUUCUGAUGAUACGACAGUUUCCAACAACGCUACUCUGUUUGCACAAGCAAACGAGGUUCUAUCUCGUCGUUUAGGUCGAGAUAUAACGCUUUCUGAUGAAAGAGCAGAGUCUUCAUCGAAGAAGAAAGAAGUGGAGAAAGAUAAGCAGUCUCAUGAUCUGUAUGGAACCGAGUUGGAUCAAGCUGGAUUAGAAGCGCAUAACAUACCUGGAAGAGGUAGAGGGUUGAUAUCGAUCAAUCAGAUCAAACCUGGAACAAGGAUAUUGAGAACUCCACCUUCAAUUGCAACUUUAUCAAAUCAACAUCUUCAGAGGACAUGUCAUGGAUGUUUUCUCACUUUGGAGGAAAAGCAAAUAUCAACAUUUUCAAGUGAAAGAGAAAGGAUUGAGAAGAAGAUGAGAGGCGAAUUGAAAACGAAAUUAAAUAGAUGUAGUCUAUGCAAGGUGAUACACUAUUGUUCAAAAGAAUGUCAAGUAUCAGAUUGGCCAACACAUAAACAUGAAUGUAUGGCCUUGCGUAGAUUCAAGAAGAUGUAUUUCAAGAGUUAUCCAAAUAGGAAGGAAAACGAUGAGGAUACAAGCUGGGUAAGUAUAGAUGCUGUUCGUGCGUUAGCUAGAAUCAUUUGGAAAAGGAAAGAUGAAAGAGAGAAGAAUGGUGGGAAAGAUGGUAUUUGGUGGAAACAAAUCGCUUCAUUAGAAUCUCAUGUGAAACUAUCACCCGAGAAGGAAGUUAUGAAAUUAGCUCAACAAGCACAACAUCUUCAACAUUACAUAUCAGCUUCCAAACCUUUAAAACAAGGUGAAGAUGAAAAUACACUAGAACCUGCUAAUUUGGAAGAAUAUGGGUUUGAAAGUGUUUCUGAUAUUAUGAAUCUAUGUUCUUCGUUUCACGUAAAUUCAUUCACACUUUCAUCACCAUCUCUAUCUCCUAUCGGAGUAUCAAAUUCACCUUUAUUGGCAUUAUCGAAUCAUUCAUGUGAUCCAAAUGCAUGUGUCGUUUAUCCAAAUGGCGGGAGAUGGAUGGAAUUAAUAGCUAUUAGAGAUAUAAAACCGGGUGAAGAGAUCUUGACUUCGUAUAUCGAUAUAUCAUGUCCUUAUCAUAUUAGACAAUCUGAUAUACUAGAAAGAUAUAGAUUCAAAUGUAAUUGUGUAUUAUGUGAGAAAAGUAAAGAUGAUGAAUCAAAUUGGAUGGAUCCGAGAUGGUGUAUCAGACAUGUUGGAUGUAGGAAUGGGAUUGGUAAAGAUGGAAAAGAAGGAAAGGCGAGAAUGCCAGAUCACGGAUCAACGGGACGGAUGAUGUCUAAAUGCGAUUCAUGCGAGGAAGGAUUCGAGAUUGAUUCGAGUAAAGUAUUAUCCCUCGUAAAUGAAGGUAUUGAAAUAUUGGAUAGAGAUGAACAGGGUAAAUUAGAAUACUCCACAGCACGAUCAACUUUAGAAACGUUAAUACCGAAACUUCAAUCAGCAAUACCCAAUACCUCGUAUCCGUUACUAUCGUUAUUGAGGCUAUCAUCGUUGAUUCACAAUCCACCUAAAACACCGCAAGAUCUCGAUAUAGCUAUUUCACACAUCUCACAAGCUUACACCGCAGCUACUUGCCCAUCAAAGUUGUCAAAAUCGACAAAAUCACCGCAAACGAAAGAUCAAGACCAAGAAAGACCCAUCACGGUUUAUCCGAUAAAUCACCCUGUCCCCACCAUCAUAUCAGCUGAAAAAGCCAAGUUACUCUCGUUGUCAGAUACAGAAGAAAGUGAUCAAAUACACAUACCUAAAAUGAGAGAUGAAAAAAUGGACAAGAUAAUUCAUGCGAUGAAAAAUCUGAAUUCUGCCAUUGAUAAAUGCAAAUUAUCAUUUGGUGGUGCAGGUGGUUUAGUAGGUAAAGAAUUGAACGGGAUUUUAGAUGGAUGUAAAGACGAAUUAGAAAGUAUGAGAUUUAGAAUGAUGAAGAUGUCAAAAUGA